AUGGGUAAGGAGAAGCAGCAUAUCAACCUCGUCGUCAUUGGCCACGUUGACUCUGGCAAGUCCACCACCACUGGCCAUCUUAUUUACAAGCUUGGUGGUAUUGACCAAAGAACCAUUGAGAAGUUCGAGAAGGAGUCUACCGAAAUGGGUAAGGGUUCUUUCAAGUACGCUUGGAUCCUGGACAAGUUGAAGGCUGAGCGCGAGCGUGGUAUUACCAUCGAUAUUGCCCUCUGGAAGUUCGAAACCCCCAGAUUCGAGUACACCGUCAUUGACGCCCCGGGCCACCGUGAUUUCAUUAAGAACAUGAUUACCGGUACGUCCCAAGCCGAUGUUGCUCUUCUCGUCGUCCCCGCCGAUAUCGGUGGUUUCGAGGGUGCCUUCUCCAAGGAAGGUCAGACUCGCGAGCACGCUCUUCUCGCCUACACCCUUGGUGUCAGCCAGAUGAUCGUCGGCAUCAACAAGAUGGACGCUUGCGGCUACAAGCAGGACCGCUUCGAUGAAAUCCAGAAGGAAGUGUCUGGCUACCUCAAGCGCGUUGGCUACAAGGUUGACAAGAUCCACUUCGUGGCUAUCUCUGGUUUCAUGGGUGACAACAUGAUUGAGAAGUCCCCCAAUAUGCCUUGGUAUAAGGGUUUGACCCUUGUGGAGGCCCUCGACAAGAUGGAGGUCCCCAAGAGACCCGAUGAGAAGCCCCUCCGUCUUCCCCUCCAGGACGUGUACAAGAUUGGCGGUAUCGGAACUGUGCCCGUUGGUCGUGUUGAGACUGGUACCCUCAAGCCCAACAUGAGCGUCUGCUUCGCCCCCUCCGGUGUCACUACCGAUGUCAAGUCCGUCGAAAUGCAUCACGUGCAGCUCGAGAAGGCCAUCCCCGGUGACAACGUUG